CAGUUGUUUGUAAGCAAGGUGGUUAUAUAAGACCAAGAUUUUUAUGGAGUUUCUUGGAUCAAGAUCCAAGAUUGAUGCUUGCAUUUCCCAGAGAUAAAGUACAAAACUUCUAAGCAGCUUUGUUGUUUUUUGCCUACACGAUCAAUCCGGCAUGGCUUUACGCUUGGGACAUUGUUCUUCUUUUCUUGAACACAAGUCUUUUAAGCGCGAGUCUUCGACAACAAAGAGGUUCUUGAGCAGUUGGGGCUUUCAGAAAAGUUCAGUUGUUCAACAGAAGCGUUUCAAGAUCAGAGCUUCGGCUUCCAAUGUGCAACCGCUCAAUGCUGCUUCAUUGCAGGCCGCUCCAAUAGCAAAAGUUUUGGAUGCUGAACUUGUCGAUACUCCAGCUAAUGAGGGAUUCAAUCCGUUUUUGGAUAAAGAUGAUAAGGACAAGUCUACACUCAGCAUUGUAGUUGUAGGAGCUUCUGGGAUUCUUGCUAGAAAGAAGAUCUUCCCAGCUCUUUUUGCUCUUUACUACGACGAUCAUCUACCUCAGAAUUUUACAAUCUAUGGCUAUGCUCGAAGUGUGAUGACUGAUGUGGAGCUUAGGAAUGUAAUUAGCAGAACCUUGACAUGCAGAAUAGAUAAAAGGGAAAAUUGUGAGGAAAAGAUGAAUCAGUUCUUGAAGAGAUGUUUUUACCACUCGGGUCAGUAUAGCUCAGAGGAGCACUUUUUAGAGUUGGAUAGCAAUCUGAGGGAGAAAGAGGCUGGAAGACAAUCAAAUAGGCUGUUUUACUUGGCAAUACCCCCACAUGUGUUUGUGGAUGCAACUAGAUGUGCUAAACAUCGUGCUUCUUCAAAAAAUGGAUGGACUCGCGUCAUCGUUGAAAAGCCAUUUGGUCGUGAUACAGAAUCAUCAAGAGAGCUGACCAGAACUUUAAAACAAUAUCUAACUGAGGAUCAGAUAUUCAGAAUUGACCAUCAGUUAGGUGAGGAACUGGUAGAAAAUCUCUUGGUACUUCGUUUCUCAAACCUGGUGUUCGAGCCUUUAUGGUCCAGGAACUACAUCCGCAGUGUACAACUGAUUUUUUCUGAAGACUUUGGAGUAGAAGGGAGAGGCAGAUACUUUGAAAACUAUGGUAUCAUCCGGGAUAUAAUGCAGAACCAUCUCCUCCAAAUAUUGUCACUGUUUGCAAUGGACACACCUGUCAGCUUAGAUGCUGAAGAUAUUAGGAAUGAAAAGGUGAAGGUUUUACGUUCCAUUAAACCUGUUGAGCUCAAAGAUGUGGUUGUGGGUCAAUAUAAGCGCCAUUGCGAGGGGAAUGUUUGCCAUCCUGGUUAUACUGAUGAUCCAACUGUUUCAAAUGACAGCCUCACACCAACUUUUGCAGCCGCUACUAUGUUUAUCGAUAAUUCACGAUGGGAUGGAGUUCCAAUCAUGCUGAUAGCUGGCAAGGCCCUCCAGUCGAAGAGAGCGGAAAUCAGAGUUCAAUUCAGACAUGUCCCCGGAAACUUGUAUAAUCGUAACUCUGGAGCCGACUUAGAUCAGGCUACAAAUGAGCUUGUGCUUUGUAUACAACCUGAAGAAGCAGUCUAUUUAAAGGUUAACAACAAGGUUCCUGGACUUGGAAUGAGGCUGGACCGCUCUGACCUUAAUUUGCUGUAUAAAUCAAGGUAUCCAAGAGAGUUUCCAGAUGCAUAUGAGAGGCUGCUAUUAGAUGCCAUGAAGGGAGAGCGGCGAUCAUUUAUUAGAAGCGAUGAGCUUGAAGCAGCUUGGGCGGUAUUCACUCCAUUGUUGAAGGAACUAGAAGAGAAGAAGGUUGUGCCGGAGCUGUACAGUUAUGGCAGUAGUGGACCUGUCGGAGUGCAUUAUCUUGCUGCAGAGCAUAAUGUACGAUUAGGAGAUUUCGGUUAUGAAGAUUGAACGAAUGAAGAGUACUUGAUAUAUUGUGUGCUAGGGAUUUAAUUGACAUGGCGUGAGUAGCUAAUCCAUUGUCAGCUGUGAGGUAUUAAUUGGUUUCUUUCUUCUUUUAUUUACAUCUCAUUCUAAGUCUGUUCUCCAUGUAUUCUUUUCCACAACAUAUGUACAAGGGUGUUGAGUCAAAUACUGAUGUACAAAAACAAAUUCAGAUGCUAGCUUGUAACUAUUGAUGCUACACACAAUUGUCA